CGGAGGCGACGGGACCUUUUUCCCAUGUUCCGUGAGGUGCUGCGGGGCCCGUUUCCAGCCAGAGCGCUGCCGUUCCUGGCAGCCGUGCUUUUCCAAAGGAAGGAGAGGAAAGAGACUGGGUUUUAUCACUGUCGGUGGGAGAAGCACCCUUACUACAACCUAACAGUAAAAGUCCUCCGAGCCAGAAACAUCAAGGGUACAGAUCUGUUGUCAAAGGCAGACUGCUACGUGGAACUAAAGCUGCCCACGGCGUCUCCUGUUGUCUCCCGAACUCAGGUUAUUGACAACUCUGAUAACCCAGAAUGGAAUGAGACUUUCCAGUAUCGAAUCCAUAGUGCUGUCAAGAACAUUCUGGAAUUGACACUCUAUGAUAAGGAUGUCCUCGUCAGCGAUGAGCUCACGUCUGUUGUCUUCGAUGUAGGAGGCAUGAAGCUGGGUCAGCCCCUGCUGCGCACUUUCAAACUGAACCCUGAGGCUAACGAAGAGCUGGAUGUAGAGUUUUACUUGGAGAAAUGCUCAGAUGCCCCUAUAGAGGUGUUGACCAAUGGAGUCCUUGUGGUUCAUCCUUGCUUGUCUCUGCAAGGCACUGUCAACAUAGAGGAAAAAGCAAAAGAGAACCAGCAAGGAAGCUGUGAGGUCAAGCUGUCUGUUCCAGGGGCAUAUCAGAAGCAGUUGUGUAUUCCUUGGAGACCAGAUAAUGAGCAGGAUUAUGGAACCUCCUUUGUCUUUCAUGUGGAUAAAGAAAUGUGUCCAGAAUUGCAAGUGGAGCUGGAGCAAACCAUAUCUGUCCUGCAGGAUGGUAUGAACCAUGAUAUUGAAAAGCAUACUACAGUUCUGGGAUUGGGGACUGUACCAGUUAAUUCCCUUCCUAUUGGGCAAAAAGUUGAUAGGAUCGUUUCUCUAGGAGAGGGACAAAGUUUGGAUAUGAGUUUGAAAACUGAAGAAAGCACUUGGGAUCUUGAUGUACGCCUGGGUUUUGACCUCUGUAAAGAGGAGAGAGAAUUUCUGGACAAAAGGAAGAAAAUAGUUUCUGAGGCACUGAGAAAGACUCUUCACUUAAAACAAUCCCCUCCAAAAGAUGAGGUUCCAGUCGUAGCAGUGCUGGGGUCUGGAGGUGGGAUGAGAGCAUUGACAUCAUUCUACGGGAGCCUUGCUGGGCUUCAGCAGCUGGGCCUUUUGGAUGCUGCAACAUAUCUGUGUGGGAUUUCUGGCUCUACCUGGUGUUUGUCUACACUGUAUCAAGACCCUGACUGGUCACAGAAAGACCUUCAAGACGCAAUCAGAAGAGCUCAGGGUAUGGUGUCCGGCAGCAAAGCAGGGGCAUUUUCCCCUGAACGACUGAAAUACUAUUUCCAGGAGCUGAAUGCAAUGGAGAUGAGUGGACGGAAUGUUUCCUUUACGGAUUUGUGGGGCCUUAUUGUGGAAUAUUUCCUACAACAGAAGGAAGAUCCGUCAAAGCUGUCUGAUCAGCAAGAAGCAGUGAAAUGGGCCCAGAACCCCUAUCCUAUCUAUGCAGCUGUCAAUGUGAGACCCAACAUUAGCAGUGGUGACUUUGCAGAAUGGUGCGAAUUUACUCCCUAUGAAGUUGGGUUUCGCAAAUACGGAGCUUUUAUCCGAACAGAGGACUUUGACAGUGAGUUCUUCAUGGGACGCCUCGUCCAGAAACGUCCCGAGCCUAGGAUUUGUUUUCUACAAGGAAUGUGGGGCAGUGCCUUUGCUGCAAGCUUGGAUGAUAUCUGUCUGAAGGUUGUUGGUCUAGGAUUGAGCUUUCUAGACUCUUUCAAAGAUGUUAUCAAAGUUGUAGAUGACUGCCGAAGAUCCCAUUUGCGAGAUCCAACUCGACUGAAGACUCGCUUGGUUAUACCUGGAGGCCCCUUGUUACAAAUUUUCCAGGAUUUCUUCAAGUCCCGUGUCACAUGUGGAGAAACCUUCAACUUCAUGCAGGGGUUGUAUCUUCAUAAAGAUUACGUUAAUGUCAAGAAAUUUGUGGCUUGGGGAGGCACUCACCUGGAUGCGUUUCCCAACCAGCUGACCCCCAUGGAAGAGAGCUUGUACUUAGUGGAUGGUGGCUUUUCUAUCAACUCUCCCUUUCCUUUGGUACUUCAGCCAGAGAGAGAUGUGGAUGUUAUCUUGUCAUUCAAUUUUUCCUGGGAAGCUCCGUUUGAGGUUUUAGAGCUGACUCAGAAAUACUGUGAGGAGCGGGAAAUUCCUUUUCCAAAAAUCAAAUUGAGUGAGGAAGAUGAAAGGAAGCCAAAGGAGUGUUACAUGUUUGUGGAUGAUAAUAAUCCAAAGGCUCCAAUUGUGCUCCAUUUUCCGUUGGUGAAUGAUACCUUCCAGAAAUACAAAGCUCCAGGAGUUGAACGUGAGUCAGAAGAAGAGAAAUCCUUUGGUGACUUUGUCAUUGAGGCAAAAGAUUCUCCCUACCGUACGCUGAAUUUCACCUUUGAGCCAUAUGAUUUCAGCAGGUUGGUGGAAGUGAAUCGCUACAAUGUUCUGAACAGCAAGGACACUCUCUUCAAAACACUGAACUUGGCUCUGCAAAGAAGAAAGUUGAAGAAAGUAAUUGAUACGUCCAAUACAUGAGCAGCUUCUGUAGCUAAGGAUACAGACAGGCUGCUGUGUAUGAAAACCACAUUGUUCAAGACAGAAUAAUGAAAACUAAUAGCUGAAAACUGUCUUCUUGGGAAGGGAGUAGCACACGUGACACUGAAAAGUCAUUCCAGAUGACAGAUGCUCUUACGAAAGCCCAAGGGAUGUACAGUACAACAUGGAUGUUGCUUUGUCACGUGGGGAGGAGUAGGGAAUUAUCCAGCCCAGUAUCUCAUGUUACAGUGGCUGAUACCAGAUGGGAGAUCUGGUAUCUAGGGAGAUCUAUUCAAACAGUUCAAGCAUGUGGAGGUAAUCUUCCAAACUCUACUAAUUUGUUGAUGAAGAACCUCUUUUUGUCAGAAGUGCAGGAGUGUUUCUUCUAUACCUUUGUCUUUCUUGCUUUUUGAACCUCCCUCCGUAAGCUUCUACAAUUUACAUCGUGUGGCAAGGGACUCCACAGAUUGUAACUAUGCACUGAAAGACGAAAUGUGUCCUUUUGCUUUCAACUUGCUACUGGCUGAUGCCAAUGUACUUCCAAGACUGAACAGUCAUUAUCUGUUUUCCAUUUUUGCCAUUCAUAGUCUCAGAGAUCUCUCUGUUAUUUCCUUCCUACCCUUCUUAAGACCUAUAAUGGCCUUUAGUCUCCCGAAAGGUCAAUAUAGAGUACCUUAGUUUGGUAACCAUUUGUUUUUGAGGAAAUAGUAGUUCCCUUUUAAAAUAUUUAAUAAUUAAAGACACGUCAUGGGAUUGUGUUACUUCUUCCUACAGUCCGAUCAUCACAAGCUGAUGAAACUUUAAAAAUGCUUCAAGUCUCAUCUUUCUCUUUCUAUGUAAGAGAAAGGAAGGCUCCUUUAAAGAGAAUACUUAGAUAUUUUUAGAGAUUUUUACGCUUGGGCCUGCAAUUCAGCCAGAUCUUUAUUCAAGGAAGUUCUUUGUGUGUCUAUAUAUUUUUACAAACACUGAUAUUCAAGGUAGGCACACGUUAGAAAUGUGAAUGAAUAAAACACAAUGUUAGGUGCUGCUAUGCUGUGGGAUGGAAUUCACCUCAAUUUGCAGAAUGCUCAGAGAAAAAUACUGUAUUAUACAACUGAAAAUAUCUAAUGCGAAAAGGCUUUUACAUUGAGCUGAAUGUACUGAUUCUAUAUUUGAAAACUGGCGACGGGAAAUUUGUCUUAUCUGAAAUGAUGUAAAGGAUUAUAAAUGAGUAUGAUUUGGUAUAUUUUUUAAACGUAUUUCUCUUCUAAUAAAUACUAGUUUUGCUAA